AUGUGCGACCGCAGCCUCUGCCGACCCAGUUACAUGGGCUCUCUCUUGAACUUGCCCUCGACGGCCGACUCCUUUUAUUUCCCCAGCUUGCGGACGAAUGGAAGCCACCAGCUGGCCGCCUCUUUGCCUGCCGGCCUCUCCUACCCGCGGAGCUCCAUUGCGUGGACAUGCGCCAGCUCCUGCCCUUCUCCGCCAGCCGGCUACGCUUUUAGCAGCAGCAGGAGCUCCCUUCCCCGCCACCUCAAUGCCGGCAGCGGCUGCAAAGUUAUCUUGGAGGGCCACCCCAAAUACUACGCCGCCGAGGCCAUCACCUACGCGGCCAAGCUAGAGGAGCGAAGCCGGCCGAGUCUUCGGGAAGCCUCAGGCGAGGAGCCCGGGGGGAUGGCGGCGACGGCGGCGGCGGCGGCGCCUCCAGGCAAAGCGCUCAAGUACGAGCCGAGAAGUUUGCCCGGCGCGGCGGCUUCGGCGGCAGCGCCUUUGGACGCCGAUCCUCGCCCCUCGGGCUUGAAGGAGGAAGACCUCAAGCGCGCCGUCAACUUGAACCUGACACUGCCGCCGCCGCCGCCUCCAGCCGCCGCCGUUGUCCUGCCGAGCCUCCGACCUUCCCUGCACGACGGUUUGCCUUGGUGCCCGACCCAAGGAAGAUCCAGGAGGAAACGGAAACCUUACACCAAACAACAGAUCGCCGAACUCGAGAGCGAAUUCCUUCUAAACGAGUUUAUUAAUCGGCAGAAAAGGAAAGAGCUGUCCAGCAGACUGAACCUAAGCGACCAGCAGGUGAAGAUUUGGUUCCAGAACCGCCGGAUGAAAAAGAAGCGGGUGGUAAUGCGAGAGCAAGCGCUCGCCCUGUACUAG